AUGAUGUAUUCCAGAACCUUGUUUACAAGGGCAGCGAGAUCCCAAAUUCGACGUCGAGAAAAUUUCUCAAUCGUUGCUGGGCGAUAUGGAAUUGGAAAUCAGCCUCAAAUCAGUGUCAACACAGACCCUUUCGUUCUUCGACGCGAUGACGAGAGCGAUACGCGACGAAAAUAUCACACUACUGCUCCAUCGGAGAAAGCUGUUGCUAUCAUCCUAGGACUGACUUCUGUCUCAGCACUAGCAUUUGCUGGAUCAUCUGCGGUAAAAUCAUAUAAUGCAUGGAAGGCAUCGUUACCAUCGGACGAAGAAAUGGAAGCCGAGAGGAAGAAGGAGGAGAAAGAAAGGCUGAAGCAAGAAGAAAUGGAAAAGAAAAAGCAACAAGAAAAGAAAGGGAGCGACAAGCCUAGAGAAAAUGUGUUUAAGGAAUGGUUUGGUGUUGGUGUAGGGUCAAAGUACUACGAAGGCGGCUUUGAGGAUACAAUGACCAAACGAGAGGCAGCACUAAUAUUAGGCGUGCGGGAGUCGAGCUCGCCUCAACGAAUCAAAGCAGCCCAUCGGAAGUUGCUCGUUCUGAAUCAUCCUGAUACAGGAGGAUCUACAUAUAUGGCUGGAAAAAUCAAUGAAGCCAAAGAGCUUAUGCUGAAGGGCAAAGCAAGAGUCUAA